AUGGCUCAUAAGAAGAAGCAUAAGCGGCCGAGGAAUAAGUCUAGACAUGAGCCCAGCAGACAUGAACAGGGCCCAUCCCAUCAGCAACCCACGACAGUAACUAUCAAUAUGACACCUCAAGAUUUCCAAUUUCCGGGUGCAUAUGUGAUGGUUCAGCCUGAGCCCGGUAUCCUCGCCGAGCACAUUUCUUUAUACAAGGGCAAGGCACAUCUUAAAUUGAGGCAACCGGGUGAUAUCAUUGAGAGUGAUGGGAGGCUCCACCUAAGCACACUCAGAACACCUCCCGACGGAGAUUUCAACUGGAAUUUUAAUGCUCACUACUGGACUGCGGACAAGGACACGGCUGAGGAAUAUCGCAAAUGGGCAGAAAGGAGAUGCCCUACAGCGGAUACCUGUAUCAUUCAUAUACAGGUUCCGAAAUCGUUUAUCAACAGCCUCCGCAGGGAGAACCUGUGGUAUUCUCCUAACUGGAAAGAAUACAUCUGGACAAGCAUAAGAGAGGAAAUGCCCCACCCGAAAUUCGACUAUCUCUGGCAGCCUGGGCAAGCGGAUAUUGUCACGGGCCCUAUCUGUUCUACCAUCAACAGACAGAUCGUCCGCAUCCGCAAAGAAAACAUCCAGAGUCGCAUCACUGAGGACCACGUGAUGCGAUUGCCGUCUGGCAAAAAGGCAUCUCAAUGGGUAUUCCGCCAAGGCCAUACCAUCAAUCGGUUAGCCGAGCAGAUUCGAGGGAAGAUGCAUUUUACUAUUUUCGAAGCCGCGGCGCGUUCCUCCCUGACUACGGUCUAG